AUGUCUAUCCUCGUCAGUGAAGGUUCUCGGGAGAUAAAAGAUCGUAGUAGUUGCAGAACAUCACUAAACAGCUGCGAUGAGUCCCCAUCGAAAGUCAGUAGACUCACUACCCACAGUUUUAUGGAGAAACGGGAAAUGUACAAAGUUGUGGUGGACGGGGUCGACUGUACGCCAGACAACAUUGUGGACACCCAGUAUGUCACUAUGGAGGGUAUGUUCAGCCACGCCGCUUUCGAAAGCAAAGCGCGCAUCAAAAGCGAAUUGGCGCUCAAAGACUCCAAAUCCAGGACCAAAUCCGCCAUAGACACGGGAAUGAAAGUGUACGCCACCACGAUCUCCCUUGACGACAUCCAUAUCGAUCACACAUACAAUACCGAGGAGGGAUUUCUAUCACAGGACGUCGAUUUAGACAUUGCACCAUCCGCGUUUUACUUGCCUAAACUCUAUCCCGUCAUGUCUUACCCACCGGAAAUAUUCGUCGUGCUUAAAGAGACCGAAACCCAAUUCUUGUUCGAGUUACCCUCGUUUUCAUAUGACAAGGGGACGACCGAAGGUAAUGCCAUCGAAGAAGAAAACGAAUACUAUCAAUACAUAACGGUGGGUAAAGGCAGAAACAGAAAAAUGGUUAUAGAGGAGACUCAAACCAAAGAAAGCGUGUUCCAAUCUCGGCAUACUCUUGCGACUAGACCGGAGAAGAAAAACGCCAUGGCAUUCGCGUCCAUGUGGGAUAUGCACGAUACUUAUGCUAGGUUAGCGCUAUUCAAACCCCAAGAAGAACCAGACGAAAUGGUUCUGUACCAGUCAGCGGAACCGACAUUGUUGCGUAAAAAGAAAAUAAAAACCGAAGAAGUUAGUUUGAGAAAAGGCAAAACUUUUGAAGAAAUCGCUCCUACCGCCGAAUUCAUGGAUGCAGUCCUUUUAGCAGAACGUGUACUGUCCACUCUGGAGUAUUCAAAGCAACAAAAAAGGUUCCGAGGUCUAGUUCCAAUGAAUCCAUUGUCGUUAGAGUUGAUAUACACUUACACAAUGAAACCAUUGUGGACGUUCGAAUGCGAAGACACAAUAAAUCGUCCGAUUACCAGCAUAUCGUUCAAUCCGAAAAAUGAAAACAUUAUAGCUGUAGGACACGGAAAGUUCGGGCAUGCCGAGAAUUACGAUGGCGUUGUUGCUAUUUGGUGUACAAAGAACCCUUGUAAGCCAGAAAGAAUAUACCGCUUUGACGAUCCACUCACAGCUGUGUCAUUUUCAGAAAGAAACCCCAACUGGUUAGCGUGUGGGUUUGCUAAUGGCGACGUCCUCAUAUUGGAUAUUACAUCUUAUCCUGUCAAGCAAAUAGCUCAGAGCAAACGAGACACCAAUCCCUGCUUUGAACCUAUCUGGGUGACGUCCUGGCGCUCGUUAGAAGGGAAAACGGAGUACGUUAUGACCGCGUGUCAAGACGGACGAAUCAAUAAAUUCAUUAACACUAAGACGCAUGACUUUAUCUGUACUCCUAUGAUGCGCUUGUCCACUGUAGAGGGUAAGAUGAAAGGAAUAGAGUCAGGCAAGCCGUGUCUGAAGGUGGACGUUCCCAUAACCCGCUACCCUGCGGCAUUGUGCAUGAAGUGGCAUCCUAGCAUCGACCACAUCUACAUAGUGGGCAGCGACGAGGGAUGUAUACACAAAUGUUCGACGCACUACUUGAACCAGCACAUGGAUGUGUUCCGGGCACAUUCAGGGCCCGUAUAUAGCAUGGAUUUUUCGCCGUUCAUGAAAUGUUUGCUGGUGUCCUGCGGGGCAGAUAACACUGUCAGGUUGUGGUUGGAGGGCGUGGAUGACGUCAUUAUGACUUUGAACUGUCCGUCGGCGGUUUACGGCGUCGCUUUCUGCCCGAUAAAUUCUACAGUCAUCAUAUCGAUAAGUGGCAACGUGUUGUCUAUAUGGGACCUCCGUCGCAAGAAUCACAUGCCGUGCGCUGAGUAUUCGUUCCCCAAUAACGUGGUGCUGACAUAUAUAAAGUUCUCCGCAUCGGGAGACAACGUAUUCGUUGGAGAUACGACAGGGCGGGUGCACACGUUCCAUCUAGAAGACACGCCCAUUCCGCCCUUCUACCAGCGACAACUGCUCGACGAGGCCAUAAAGAAGGCGCUCUGUACAAGACCGCAAAUGCUAAAGCAAUUGGAGAAACUCGGGAAGUGCAAAGAUAAAAAUACAACAGAUCCAUAA